CCCCCCACUCAACCCGGUGAACACCAAUUUUGGAUUGAUCCCAUUCUUUGCGAGGAGACUCGAGCUAGAUUAGAACAUUUUCGCAGUUUUGGAUGGCUCCCCCUGAACUUCAAGCCUAAGACCCUGGAAGGUCUUGCUGUUAUCAAACGAUAUUGGUGGAAGUAUUGCAUCCAAUUAAACGAGGAUUACAUUGAUUACCUACUCUUGGAGGAUCGAGCUAUUUACAUAAAUUUCUUCGAUUGGAUGUACAGAACCUCGCGGAAGAAACUUCUUUAA